AGUAUUUUUUUGUCUUUGGUAUUAGAGCCACAGUCUAACGACGGGUUCUUGAAAAGAUACUCGAAUGGCUUCUCUAUCUUCAAUAAGAAAUUCAGAUGCUGCUAGAAUAAUUCAAGCAAGCAAGACAAUUAAUCCAGGGAGUAAAGUCUCAAUUGUUAGAUUGAAUGAUGAUAAUYAUCUACUGUGGAAAUUUCAAAUUCGCACCGCACUUCAAGGAAAUGGAUUAGAAAGUUACAUUGAUUCGAAUGAAGAUACUCCUGCUCAAUUUGUUCAAACCACAGAAGAUGAAAGUUCAUCCUCUUCUCUGCAACAAAAUCCGGCGUAUUUUGAAUGGAUUAAGCAGGACAAACUCAUCUCUGCUUGGCUUCUUGGUUCGAUGAAUGAAGACAUUUUAUCACAAAUGCUUGAUUGCAAAUCGGCGAGAGAAAUCUGGACAGUUUUGGAAUGCAUGUUUGCUUCUCGCACCCUGGCUAGGGUAAUGCAAUUGAAAUUGAAACUGGAAAAUUUCAAGAAAGGUAAUCUGAGCCUCAAGGAUUAUUUUCUUAAAAUCAAGAAUUUGGUUGACUCCUUAGCAAUUGCGGGUAAGAAGCUGUCCACAGAGGAUCACAUUAUGCACAUUUUAGCUGGCCUCGGACCUGAAUUUGAUGCGAUUAUCUCUGUUAUUACUGCUCGAAAUAUGCCACAAACACUUCAGGAAGUCUGCUCACUUCUUCUUCAACAAGAAGGUCGAAAUGAAAGGAAUCUCAUCAACUCUGAUGGAUCGCUUCCUUCGGUUAAUCUUACUCUCAAUGAUUCGAGCAAGAAAAACAAUUUGCAUCAGUCAAAAUGCUUCAAUCCCCAUCAGUCAAAUUAUUCUCAGCGGGGACGUGGUACUAACAACAGAUCAUCGAAUCGUCGGAAUUGGACCGGAAAUAACAAGCCACAAUGUCAGAUUUGCGGACGAUUUGGUCACACAGCUCUGCGGUGCUAUAUGCGAUUUGAGCGUAAUUUUCUUGGUCCAAAUAUGAACCCUAAUACUUUUUCUCCUGCGGGCUUUUCAUCUGGAUUUCCUCUCAAUACUCCAAGUCACAAUGCUUUCUCAUCGCCUGCUACUCAGAAUGGAAAUUUUUCCAUGAAUAGUGCUUCUCCUUCACAGAUGCAAGCAUUGAUGGUCGCUCAAGACUUCAACAGAGACUCUAAUUGGUACCGUGACUCUGGGCCGACUAAUCAUGUUACAAAUGAAUUUGGAAACUUCUCACUUGGAUCUGAGUAUCAUGGUGAUGGUAAAAUUCAAGUUGGAAAUGGGACAGGAUAUCAAAACUGGCCAGCUGCUUCUUCAAGGGAAAGUUCAUGAAGGGUUAUAUCAAUUCGAGUUGCAAAAGGCUUCAUCUCCACCUUUAUCCAAUGUCAGUUUGAAUCAUCCCUCUCCCUGUAAUGAUUCUUCCACUGUUCUUAC